AGAAAAAAUUGACAAGUUGUUGAACUUGGUUUAUUUGGGGAAACAUUUUACACACAUUCUUGUUUUAUAUGCAUCUACCUCCUGUCACAGUUUUUAAGCUAGGACCUUAUAUUCAUACAAUCAAAAGUGAAGUAUAUAUCACAGCUUGAUGUUGGCUGAUACUACCUUAAGUAAAGUUCUACAACUCAUAGCUUAAGAAAAAGAGCCUAAAUUAUGCUCGUGACAGGCAUAUUAUAUAGUGCUUCCAGUAAUCUUGUUAAAACUAGGGAAAACAAAGAAUUAUCUGUCUGAUGCUAUAAAACAAGAAACAGCAGACAUAAUUUAAGCAUUGGAAUAUUUGCCAUCCAUGGCUUUGAUACAAAAGAAGCAUUGUAGUAUGAUGUAAAGUGUACAAAGAUCACUUUAUAGAUUUAAAUACAGUUACAUGUACUAUCUUUAUAGCUUAAGACAUAUGUCUUAUCAUAUAAGUUACAAUACAUGUAUGUAUACAUAAAUACACAAAAAUGGCAAUGUAUGGCGAUGUACAAAUUCAAACAAUGGAGAAUAACUUUAAAACAAAGUUUUCUCGUAACUUAAGUGUAAGACAUAAAUAUUUCCCAAAAUUACAAAGUUCGUGUACAUCUAUAUGAACAUUUAAUAAUUGUACAAAUUUGAAAUAGCAACAGAGUUCGAAUUGACCGGCUACCUAAUAUGGCUACGUCAACAAACGAAAUCAUUUGAAACUGCGAGUUUUCGGGUUGUGUGUGGCUUUAAUGAAUAUUUGAAGGUAUGUUUGGACACAGGUAUAGUAGGAAAAUAUGUUAAGAUUUUUUAAAUAUUGAAUUUACGAGACAGCAACACAAGAAUACACCGAUAACGCGAUGUCUCCUCAACCGUGCGCAGCUUUUGGUGCCCUGUAAAUCGAAGGUUUUUAUAAGAGCUGGAUCUGUAGCUCUGUUCCGUCACAAUAUUUUUUCAGAGAGCUACAGUUCUCCAACUAGUAAUUUUCUAGUCCGUCCAUCUUAUCUGAUCACCGGUCACCUGAAUCAGCUCGAGAAAGUGGGCGGGCUGUAAUCGGCCAAUGAAAACUCUUGUUGUAUUACAUCAAACAUGUCAUUCAAACUGCUCGAUCGUCUCAUUCAAUGGUAUUCGCCGACGACCGUUACCGGUUCUAAAAAUUAUGUCGUUAUGGGGGAUACGUUAAAACGCUUUAUUUCACUUAGACGCUUGUAAACACUGAAAUGGAAAGAGAAACUUACGUAAAGUUUUCCGUCUCUCGACUCAAAGACAAGUUAAAGAAAAAAGGAGCCACCACGAGAGGCAGAAAAGCCGACCUUAUAGACAGGUUUGUAGUUUCAUACCUCAUAGCCGUUAUUUUCGUUUGUAAUAUUUCAACAAAUUCGUAGCUCUGCACCCAUGCAGACGACGGAGGAUGUUUACGCCGGCAUGAUUAUGCCUAAAUAUUGUUUUGAUGCUCAGUGCGACAAUUCUUUUAUCAAAAUGCAUCAAAAUUCAAUAAAUUAAUGUGAUAUAAGUUAUAUUUAUGUCAUCAAUUAUACGUAAUAAUUAUAGUACUAUACGGACUGUUGUUAAUAUUGUAAUACAUGAUACAAUGGCAUUCACUGACAUGUACUAGUACGUCUUGGUACCUAAUAUUUUUUUUAUGGGAAGUGGACAUUGUACAGUACUUUAUUGUAGGCUUAAGGCAUAUGAUAGAAAUAAAGAUUUCAAGAAUGACCCAAUUCAUAUACCUGAGCCUUUGGAAGUUGAUUGGCCAACGAGGGGAUUUCAACAGCUCCAGGAAUCACAUAAAGAAGAAAUCCCAGAGAUAGGCAUUGAGCAGAUAGACAUGUAUUUUGUACAUAGAUUAGCAGGUGACAGACAAAGCACUGGUGAUGUCAAGGCUAUCGAGAAAGGAAGGCUGCUUGUUGAAAGUGAUAGAGUCUUGGCUGUGUCAUAUUUAAAGGAAGAUAAUUCCCUGUUCUUUACAGGCAUUGUUGGCGCAGCCAUGAAAACAAAGGUAACAUACAACUUCAAAUUAAAAUUUGACAAAAACUCGGGAGACAUCUUGAACAGCCAUUGUGAGUGUCCUGCAGGACGAGGUCCCCAUGGAACUUGCAAGCAUCUUGCUGCUGUUGCCAUAGUUUUACUCUCUUGUUGUGAAGGAAAAGGUUUGAGGAUUCAGAGAUCAUGCACAGAAAACCUGCAGACAUUUCAUAAACCCAAACAUUCAUACUCAGGUAAAAAUACAUGAAUAUUAUGUGAUGUUCCAUGAUGAACAGAAGCAAUAGUUUUAUGACCAUAU